CAUGACAUGUGAAACUGCCAGGGGAUAAUUAAUAGAGAUCAUCAGGAUGCAGCAGACAGCGAAGCAGAAGAAGAUGGCGUCUUCAAAAGGAGGAGGAGGAGGCCUGUUGAGAGUAGCAGACAUGGAGAAGCUGAGCAUCGACCAACUGAAAGCUUUGAAAGAACAAACAGAUCUUGAAGUUAAUCUUUUACAAGACAGCCUUGACAAUAUUCGAACUACCACUACCCGUAUCUAGAUCGCUUCCACUGCUCUCUAUGACCUUUCCAUUCGUUCCUAAGGAAGUAAAAUGUUGGUGCCUCUUACUGCAUCGCUUUAUGUUCCUGGAGAACUCGAUGAUGCUGAUAAAGUCCUUGUUGAUAUUGGCACUGGUUAUUGAGAAAACCAUGGCUGAAGGCAAAGACUAUUGUGAGCGUAAAAUAAACUUGCUGAAAUCUAAUUUUGACCAGCUUAUUGAGAUACCUCCAAAAUUGGUGCUGAGGCUUUUUGGCUUGGCAUUGAGGCCCUUUGAUUGGAGGUUGCUUCGAAGAAGAAAAAUAUCGCAGAUGAUGCUACAGUAGUCUUACAGUCCAAAAUAAAGCAAUUAGCCCCUGCCAGUUCUUGAUUGCUGUAUGAUUUUACUAAAUUAAUCGAUGCAGUGUCUUUAGCUAAAGAUGUGCUUUCCAAAGCUAUCACCUGCUUAACAAGCAAUCCCAGCUCUAGCAUCUUCAGUUGUUUCACCCAGCGUUUGGUGGUGGCCUUCACACUUCAAAUCAAAACAGAUUUGGAUUCUCAUGAUAAUAUUCAGAUAGGUACAUGUUGUAAUAUUUUGGGUGGCUGUUAUUUAUUUUUCAAUCAGCUCUAGUUUAGAGGAAUCAUAUAGGUUCCUUUUUUUUUUUUCUCCUUGACAGGAUUAUAUCCUGCAUCAGGAAUAGGUCUACCCUCAGUAACAAUUAUAAGUCCUAUAGGGCUUCAACAAACCAUGUUCAAGCCUGCGAGCUGGAAUAACCCAAAAUUUGUUCAGUCUGAAUAUUUUUUGGUAUGAACAUUCAGGUUUCAGGUUUAUCCGACUCAAUUGAUAGUCUUACUAGUAGUUUCUUUUAUGAAUGAA